CCACCUCUUCAUGGUCACCGCCUGCCAGGAUGCGGACUACAGCGCCCUCCUCCAGGAGCUCUGCCUCACACAGUUCAAGGACGACAUGGAGGCCGUGGGGAAGACACUGUGGUGCGACUGGGGCAAGACCAUCGGGGUAAAGGUAGCAGUAAUGCUAACGCUGGCAAGCAAACUGAAGCGGGAUGAUGGUCUCAAAGGGUCUCGGACAGCAGCCACAGCAUCUGACUCCACUCGGAGGGUUUCUGUGAGAGACAAGUUGCUGGUCAAAGGUACAUGUAAAGUGCACUUUCCUGAUCCAAACAAGCUUCACUGCUUUCAGCUAACUGUGACCCCAGAUGAGGGUUACUACCAGGGCGGAAAAUUUCAGUUUGAAACUGAAGUUCCCGAUGCGUACAACAUGGUGCCUCCCAAAGUGAAGUGCUUGACCAAGAUCUGGCACCCCAACAUCACAGAGACAGGAGAAAUAUGUCUCAGUUUACUGAGAGAACAUUCGAUUGACGGCACUGGCUGGGCUCCCACGAGAACAUUAAAGGAUGUUGUUUGGGGAUUAAAUUCUUUAUUUACUGAUCUUUUGAAUUUUGAUGAUCCACUGAAUAUUGAAGCUGCAGAACAUCAUUUGCGGGACAAGGAGGACUUCCGGAAUAAAGUGGAUGACUACAUCAAGCGUUAUGCCAGAUGAUAGAAGGAGAAGAUCACAGGCCCAUAACAUGAAGCAGCAAGAGGUAGCCCCUCCUCGCCCCCGUCCUCACGCUCCCUCCCAGU